UGGGCGUUCGAUGAUCAAUGUUUAAAGAAGGAAUGGGCCGGCGUUUAGUUUUUGUCGGAGAAGAAAUACGACGUGAAUACUUGUAAACGUUAGUUAUACGUCUUGUGAAGGAAAUGGAAGCGGGUAGGUUAGUGACAGUCAUUAUUGUUAUUCCACUGGUACUCUUGGUCGACAAUGGUCUUCAUUGUCUAGAAGUAAAUAUUUCUAUGGAGAAUGAAACUGUUCUCCAAUACAAGUCACCGUCGUUAAUGAAAGACGAUAUUGGAAAGACUCAAACAUUGUCUGCUACUCGGAAGAAACGAACCUAUGAUGUCAAUCAUCAGAAAACAGCUAGUGACGCUAAUGGUAUUUGUAUCAGCCAUUUGUCACUUUUCAAAUCGAAGUCAACGUCCAAACCAGAACCGAUACACAAAGUCAUUGUGGCCGAUGAAGGAACACCAGUUUCACUGGCUUGUCACUUUUGUAAUGAUUCCAACACGGUAGUGUACAGUAGCAUCUUGUGGUACCAAAUUGCCAGAACAGUUCCUGAAAAAAGCGGUCUCCCAGUUUCAGAGGUGGCCACUGAUAUGAAGGACGACGAGAAGGAAAACCGUAUCAUCGUCACUCCGACUCACACCUUAAUUUUCAAAAGUAUAAAAGAAGUUGAUGCUGGCGGAUAUUUCUGCAUGACCCGGGAAAAUAUGACCACCCUCAUUGAAACCGGAUCCGUGACCCACAUUUCAAAUAUUUCAAACAUGCUAAGUAUUUUCUCCAACAUCAGUUUUUUUUACCACGUUGAUGUUUUACCAUCGUCAGAAACCAUGGUUAAACGAGUGUCAUUAUACAACAAGGGCUAUGAGAAGCCGAGUGAAGAUGAAAUUUCAAACGUCAACAAUCUACUCUUCUUUACCGACUGGCAGGAUUGGACAAGAUGUAGUGUAUGUGGUUCUGUUGGAGAACGUCAGAGAUACGACGACAAUACCCAGAAAGCUAAAAUUACAAAUGAAAAAUGGCGUGAAAUUAGCGGUGAAAGUAAACACAAAGUGGUGAGACGAAUUGCGAGAGGAGCUGUUGGAGAAAUGAUCAAGAUGGAUUGUCCAGGGACCAACCUAAACAGUUUGGUUUGGUGGAAGAAUGGUACUAAAACCUUAAACUACAUGGGAUUCGCUAAUUCAACUGAUACACGAGUACAGGUGAAUCCAAAUGGUAACUUGAUUAUAAACGAUAUAGAACAAAGCGACCAGGGCAAAUAUUCCUGCUGGCUUCAUGGAAAGCUCAGAGCCGUCUAUAAAUUUAUUGUGCGACCACCGAUGGAACAGACAAGAGGUCUUCUCUACCAUCUUCCUUAUAUUGGAACUGUUCUUUCAUUCCAUUUCUGGGUUUUCGUAUCAUCUCUACUGUUUGGCUACACAAGGUACAAGCUUCAUCCUCCUACUGACGACGAUGACAACACUCACAUCAACCUCUAUCAAGGCCAUAACCAUCACAACGAUCGCCGCUACUACGACUACCACAACCACUGCGAACGCGAUGCCAAGAUGACCGAUAAAGAAGAUGGCUACAACGGUGACACCGAUGACCCAGUCACUAAUCACAUUUCACGUAAUACUGGUGGUGGUGGUGGUGGUGUUGGUGGUGGUGGUGUUGGUGGUAGUGGUAGUGGGAGUAGUGCUAAUGAUAACACCCCUAAUCCUGCUGCUACAACUUAUACAGGUGAGGCUGUGAAAUCCCUCAGCUUUAAUGAUGCCAUUGGUAACUUUAGGCGUAAUAAUGAAUGGUUUAGGCCGCUAAAGUUUACUCACGAUAAUAGUAAGAUGUCCACUUCUUUGAGUACUAAGCAGUCUAACAGUAGCAUUGGUUAUCUAAACUCGAAAAUAAAUCGGGCAGCGAUGGCUGCCAACAAGAUGUCUCUUAGUAGUGAUUCUGAUUCGGAUACCAUAUAUCCUAGUCGUCGAUUCGAUGCCCAGCGGGAGCAACAGCCUCUAAUUAGAACAUAUCAUCUGUAUUAAGAUAAAGGCGGAGGCGGGGUGGCUUACAAUGAUCUGUAAGUGUGGGUGAGUGUGCUGACGUGGGAGGUUUUAGGAGAGGAUGGGGGUGUUGGUUUGAGGUGUAGCUUGCUUUUACUUCUAGGAACGUAUAGCGUUCAGUAACGUUGGUUUGAAGUUACAGACAUCGCUCCAAGUUUGGUCAUGGUUUACGGGUGCGUGCGUGCGUGCAUGCGCCUGUAUGUGUGUGUGUGCAUGCGUUCAUAUAUGUAUGUGUGUAUAAAUAGUUACAUACGUGCGCGCGCACAUACACACACAUGUAUGUAUGUAUGUAUGUAUGUAUGUAUGUAUGCAUUAAAGGAGGUGUGUAUCUUUCUUAGAGUUGGCGGCAAGCUACCAGGAGUGGGGAGGGGGGAAGAAAGAAAGAGCAAAAAAAGUAAAUUAAAAACAGGAAAAAAGUGAGAGAAUUAGAACAACAGCAACAACAACAAUUAACAAUCAACAAAGAAAGAACUUUUGUAUUAACAUCAACCUCAUCAUGAGUAUCAUCGUUAAUAGGAACAACAACUACAACUGCAAUGGCAGUAGCAACAGCGCUCUGGAACUGAAAUUGUAAAUAGAUGAGGCAGGAAAAAGUUGUCGGAAUGUUUCAUUUGUUGGUAGGGUGAGUAGUGACGCUGCUGGGGGGGGGGAGACAGAGCUAUCAGUGGUGGUGGUAGUGGUAGUGGUGGUUGGGGUGAUGAUGGGAAUUGAUGGUAGCUAUAGCGUUGACUGUGGUGGUUUCUACAUGGGAUGAAAGUAUACAGCAUCACCACUAACACCACCACCACUACCAACGCCGUCGCCACUACCGUCUCCGCCGCCGCCGCUGCUAGCAAGCUAUCUUUGAAGCUAGACCAGGAAAUCAGAUGGAAUAGCAACUAUUUACAGAAGAAGCAGCAGCAGAGAAACUAAGAUGCUGCUGAUAAUGCUGUCUUAUCCACUUGAUGUUACUCAACAAAUUUAUUUAGGAUCUUUAAUCAUCAUUAUCAUAUCAUCAUCAGUAGCAGUAGUACCACCACCACCACCACAACAACAAUCAUUAUCAUCAUCAUCAACAACCACAACAGUGCGAUCUAAUUCUUUUCUCUUGUAUUUAGUAUUUCUUACCGUUUAUUUUUUCAGGGAAGUUGAAAUAAAAAGUAGUUUAUAUCAAAA